CGUCACCGUGUUUACCCGGAAAUGAAAGUCUCCUGCAAUAACUGCUGUCAAAGCCUUUAGUUUUACCGAAUUCGUAGCGUUUUAAUUUUAGUAUCAUUAAAAAUUACAGUAUAAUAUAGACGUAAAGAUUUGGCUCGCUAUGUACAGCGGACUCCUGCCCGAAGGUGUAACCGAAGACGACCUCAGUCCAGAUGAGGAGGCUGAGCAGAAGGAUGUGGAGGAGAGAAGGGAGGGUGAAAAGGGCUCUGCUGAAAAUUUGAGCUCUGCGGCGGAAAACACAAGCUCGGUGGUGGAGACACAGCCGACUCACACUGCUAGUGAUGCUGACAGUGAAUCUCCGACAUGCAGUAUGCCUGGUAUAUCCCAGGAGAUGUGGCAAAAAUUCCAGGAUCUACGGAAGCAGAAAGAUGAAGUUAAAAUGAUGAAAGCCCCUGGAAGAAGAAAAAGAAGACGGCACAAGAAAGGAACAGAGAGUGAGGAACCAACAGAGACAAGCAGAGAGUGUCAGGAGGAGCAGGAGAAGCCCUGGAAUGAGUUGCAGCAGUAUUUUGGUGUAAAUGAUCGAUUUCAUCCCCCUGCAUGUUCCAAACCUCCUCCGAAGUCCGGCCUAGAAAAGAGCAUAGAGAGGGCCAUAGCUGAAGGGGACAUUGCAAAGGCGGAGGAGAUGAACGACAGACUCGCCACUCGAGAGAUAGCUGUGAAAAUCGCUCAAGCCGCUGAUUGCCGUGACUUUGUGCAACGCAAACAGGAAGAGGAAGCUUUGAGGGCAGCGCAAAAAAGGAAGAAGCAAAUAGCCUGGGGGUUUGAGGCAAAGAAGCGAUGGGAAACCAAAAGCAACAUGGGCUACAUGUGAGAAACAUGGAGGAAAAGAAGCAGGACUCUGAUUUUUGUAGCUAAUUUGAUAAAAGUUGUGUUUUUUUAUAGUGAACUGAUCGUGUUUCUUUUUAUUCUUGUAUAUUUUGAAGACUUUACAUCAGCAGCAUGUAAGGAGGGAGGAAAGUCACGCUGUUGGCUGUGGAAAAAAAAACCCAAUCCACAGAGUACAAGAGAGAGAAAAAAUUAUGGAGCAUUCAAAUUAAUUCCUAAGGCGCCCAUUGGUGUCUGCAUUGUGUUAUUUUUCAUUACAUUUCAGUGAUUUGAGCGUUCUGGCCCCUUUUUUUCCCUUCAAAUUAAAUCUGGUGUACAUUA